ACAAGAUGAAGUCAAAUUUGAUUCUCUGUAUAAAAUAUUUAUAAACUUUGCUAUUUCGUUUAUAUUUUGGUAGAAUUCGUUGAUUUUAUUUAGCUUAUUAAAGAGAACAUGAAUCUACAGCAAGUUAGGGAUUUUUUGAACAACGUUAAGGAUGGACCUAAGACAAAGGUUAUGGAAGUCUUGGAAAACGACCAACAAACUAUCGGUCAAAUCAUUCAAUUUUUGAUGGCAAGUCAUACCAGUAAUGAGGUUGUUGAACUUGUAUACAGCAGUCUGUUUACACUGUAUCAGAAUGGUGGAGAUAUUCAGAAAGCAUUUGUCCUGCAUUUCCUACCAGCAUUGGUUUGGGAAUAUCUCUUCAUUUCAUCCAAUCAUGGUCAAAAGGGUUAUGGAAAACUGGAAGCUGUUUUGCUAGCUAUUUAUAAUGCAGAAGUUCUUGAUGAAAAUGGAAAAACAAAAUAUCAGAAAUUUCGUCUUCCUUCACUUUCAAGACCUUCACUUUAUCACGAGCCAUCGCUUGCAAAAUCUGGAACAUCUGCAUUGACAGAGAGUGCGUUAAGUCGGCAUGAACAAAGUGAGGUUGUUUAUAAACUUGAUGGUCCUGGACGAGAAUUGACGAGAAUACCAGCUUGUCACAGGUUUGCUGUGGUAGCUUUUGUCCUAGAGCAGUACAAUCAUUACAUUGCUUUUAUGGGUGAAUCAUCUCUUGAAGCAGCCUGUAAAAUGGCGUUAAUGGUUUCAAGCUGUGGUUUCAAAGAUCUCUGUGUAAAAAAAGACACAGACAAAGACUUAGAAAAACUUUCUGAAUGUUCUCGGAUACCUUUGGACAAUGCCACACUCGUACAACUUGUUUAUUUCGUUUACUAUUCGUUGUAUAAUGGUUUUUCAAAACCGGCUCGCUGUUCAUUUGAUGCGUUGCAUUUCCGUGCGGAGUAUGGUUUAUUCUCGCAGGCAUAUCUUCAUCUUUUGGAAACGCAAGAGAGUGACAUUGCGCCUUUGGGCCUGGAUAUGUUGAAAGUAUCUGGUAAGAAUUGA